ACUUCCACUCCUCCACUUCUAACAGGGGGUGUAUUAGAUUUAUUACAAUUAUUAUUUUAUAAAGUUAUUUAGGUGUAACUAACUCGAGUAUAUAUACUGUACAAUUGUAAUAAUGACAUUAAAUGACAUUAAUGCGAAUUCAUUUCUACUGAAUUCUGAUGUAAUAAAAAAAACCUCUCUCUACAUUUUUUUCUCCGUCUUCUCUCUACAAUUCCUAUAAACCAGGCUACCAUGGUAUUAGACAAAGCAGUUCCUUUGAUAUCAGAAAAUAACGAAGAUUCAACAUCAAAUGAAGGAAUAACACAAAAUUAUGAUUAUUUUUACGACGACCUAGCUCUUUCUAAGCGGGUAUGGAUUGAAUCUAAGAAGCUAUGGCACAUUGUUGGUCCGACUAUCGUUACUCGUAUCGCGGCCUACACGUUGUUUGUCAUCGCUCAGUCUUUCGCCGGCCACAUCGGUGAUGUUGAACUCGCUGCCAUCUCCCUUGGCUCCAACGUCAUCGUCGGCCUUACUUGUGGUCUAUUGGUAGGAAUGGCAAGUGCACUAGAGACGUUAUGUGGACAGGCAUAUGGUGCAAAAAAGUAUUACAUGUUGGGUGUGUACAUGCAAAGGUCAUGGAUAGUUUUGUUCACAUGUUCUAUACUUCUACUACCUUUGUUCAUUUUUUCAACCCAAUUAUUAAAGCUAUUGGGUCAACCGGACCAUGUUGCGGAUCUAGCCGGGACAGUGACCUUGUGUCUAAUACCAUUGCACCUAUGUUUCCCGUUCCUCUUCCCGCUGCAGACGUUCCUUCAAAGCCAACUGCAGCCCGGGAUCAUGGCAUGGGUUUCGAUAGUUGGUGUCGUUUUUCAAAUUAUUGGUUCAUGGAUAUUGGUCACGGUACUUGGGUGGGGUGUAAUGGGAGUAGCCAUUGCUUUGUGCUUGGCUUGGUGGAUACAAGCUUUGGUGUUGUUUGGAUACAUUGUUUUUUGGGGUGGUUGCCCCUUUUGUUGGGCUGGUUUCUCUAUGGAAGCCUUUUCUGGUCUAUGGGAAUUUAUCAAGCUCUCUGCUGCUUCCGGUGUCAUGAUCUGUUUGGAGUACUGGUACUCUACAGCAUUGAUGUUGAUGACAGGAAAUUUGAAGAAUGCAGAUAUCGCCUUGGAUGCUUUGUCAAUAUGCACCAGCAUCAACCAGUGGGAAAUAAUGAUACCUUUUGCGUUCUUUGCUGGUGUUGGCGUAAGAGUAGCAAAUGAACUAGGAGCUGGGAAUGGAAAAGGAGCUAGAUUUGCAACCAUAGUAGCAUCGACGACCUCCAUAGCAAUAGGGGUUGUCUUCUGGCUUUUGGCUAUGAUUUUCCACGACAAAUUGGCUUUAAUUUUCUCAAACAGCCAACCUGUUCUUGACGAGGUUGAUAAACUCUCUGUCCUUCUUGCUUUCACUAUCCUCCUCAACAGUCUCCAACCCGUUCUCUCCGGUGUUGCGGUCGGAUCAGGGUGGCAAAGUAUUGUGGCAUACGUAAAUAUUGGUAGUUACUAUCUCAUAGGCAUCCCUCUAGGCCUUUUGCUGGGAUGGACAUUACAUGGAGGUGUUACGGGUAUAUGGGGCGGAAUGAUUGUAGGAACUGCAGUUCAAACAAUGAUAUUAGGCAUUAUUACAAUGAGAUGCAACUGGGAGAAAGAGGCUAACAAAGCAAGCAGACACGUCGAUAAGUGGGAGGCUAUAUAAUAUAUAUGCACUUUUUGUUAAUCAAGCCAGGAUCACUUGAAAUCGGGAAGGGAGCUCUAACCACUUGAGCCAGACCAUCCCUAACUCUCGUAGUAUAAUUAGUAUUAGUGUUGUGAUAAUUUGAUUAAGGUGCAAGUAGAAGAUUUGUACUAGUAUUGUGAGAAUUCAAAUCAGGAUAUGGCAAAUUCUUAGGUGAAUAGGACCAUAUCUUAAGAAACUGAGUACAUCGCAUCAAGUACUUUGAAAGUUGAUUUACGAGUGUUAUUUAAAUUAGCUUGCUUGAGCUUAAGCAA